CUAGGCUUAUGUGGAACAUUCGAAAUUAGGCGCUACGAAGUUCGGAUUUUUAGCAGCUGACGAGAAACCUCGAAAUAAUAUGAAUUCAUACUAUUCUGCAUCAAUGUUUGUUCUUGCUCUAUUCAAAUUAAUUUAUCCUGUGAACUAUAAUUGUGCUCUUAAAUUAUAAUGGCAUUGAUAGAACGAAUGAGCAUUCUUGGAAUUCGAAGUUUUGGACAGGAAACACCUCAAAAAAUUGAAUUUUUUACACCUGUCACUUUGAUUCUUGGUCAGAAUGGAACGGGAAAAACGACUGUCAUCGAGUGUUUGAAAUAUUCAGCAACUGGAGAACUACCUCCUGGAUCGAAAACUGGGUGUUCAUUUAUCCAUGAUCCUAGAAUAGCACAAGAAAGUGAAGUGAAAGCCAAAGUCACUCUUCAAAUUCGUGAUGUUAAAGGUUGUCCUAUGGUUGUUUCACGAGCACUUAUGGCAACACAGCGUGAUAAAACAAAGCAAGGGACUUUAAAAACUCUGGAUGGAUCAAUAAAACGUCAGUACUCAGACGGACGUGUUACAAGUGUCAGCCUACGAUGUACUGACCUAGAUCAGGAAAUGGUUACAAGUUUGGGUGUAUCAAAAGCUGUCUUGGAAAAUGUUAUCUUUUGUCACCAAGAAGAUUCUAAUUGGCCUUUACAAGAAGCGAAAUCGGUAAAACAACGUUUCGACGAUUUGUUUGCCUCAUCACGUUAUGUGAAAGCACUGGAUGCCAUUCGGAAGUGUAAACAAGACAAUGAUGGCAAUGUUAAAUUAUAUAAAACUGAGUUGAAACAUUUAACCAAAAAUCGUGAUGAAGCUUUGAAACUUCGUUCUGAACGAGAAGAAACACUUCAUUCAAUUGAAAAACAGGAAAAAAAUCUAGAAGAAAUGUCUGCAAAGCUUCAACCUGUCGUUGAACAACUCAACCGUUAUAAAGAACGCUACGCAGAGCUAACAAAACUACAAGCUGAAAUCAAGUCUUGUGAAGCUGAACGUGCUCAUUUAACAGACACAAUAAAGAAUUUAAUGUUAAACAUACAGAACGAGUAUCAAGGAAGUGAUGAAGAAUUAAAACGUUUGAUUGAAGAUGCUGAGACAGAAUACGAAAAGAAAAUUUUUCUGUUGAAUCAAUCUGAAAAUAUAUUACAAAGAAAACGUAAAGAGUUAAAUAAUUUGGAAACGAAUCAAACAAAAACUAUUGUUGAGAAAGCACAAAUUGAAAUGGAGGUUAAGCGUUUGGAUGAAGCAAUAAUCAAUCGUGAUAUGCUCUUAGCCUCGAUCGUUACAAAUUACAUUCCCGGUGAUAAGUAUGCAGACGUGAAGCAAUUCACCGAUGAGGAUGUGGAGUAUAUUGUGCAGUUUGUUGCUGGAUUACUACAUGAAUAUGAAAAUCAAUUAACAGAAGUGAAGCUGCUAUCGGCUAAUGAAGAGAGGAAAGCUCAAACUGAUGUUGAUGUUGUUCGAGAUGAAUUGGCUGCUCUAAAACAAAAAAUACAAACUAUAAAACGUAAUUAUAAUCAACGAUCAUGUGAAAUGAUUAGUGUUGAAAAACGCUUAGAAAAUGAACAUUCAUUAAAUGAACGUAUUGAAAAAGUCAGAGAUCAAUUUCAUAAAUCUGAAAUCACCAUUCAAGAUUUAAAUACGGAUCAUGAAUUGAAAAACUUACAUCAAUCCAUAACAGAAUCGUUGGGAAAGAAAAAGGAACUGGAACAUACGAUCAGUUUACUAGAUGAAAAGAUUGCGACAUUUCAAAAAAGUGCCAGUAAGUAUCGUGAGUUAGAACUCAUGCAGAAAGAACGAGCGAAUAAACUUGAAGGGAUUCGCAAAAUACGAAGUCGUCAUGCUGAAGCAUUGGAACAAGUUUUCGCUGGCUCUGUGAUUCCUUUUGUAGCUACAGAAAAAUCACUUGAAGAACAAGCGAAUCCUAAUAAUAUUCGAUCGUUUAUUAAUGACCAAACACGUUUAAAGGUUGUAUUCUCUAAACGACUUGAUGAAUUGGAACAGUCAACUAGAGAGACAAGAAAACAGUUGGCUAAAAUUGAGCAAGAGCGCUCAUCGCUUGAAGCUACUUCUAAAUUUACCAGAAAUCAUCUACAAGAAAAACGAGAUCAACUAAAAAUAUUAGAAGGAAAGCUUUUAUCUGUACCUGGAGCAGAUGAUCUGGAACAAACUCUUAUUAAUCUUCAAGAUAGACGUGGCUCUUUAGAGGAAGAAUAUGCAAACGAACAAGGAAGUGUAUUUUUAUGGUGUAAAUUUCGUGACCGAUUGUCUCGUGUAGAUUCUGAUUGUCCAGUAUGUCAUCGAUGCUUUGACAGUGAUGCAGAACGUGAUGAAUUAUUAAAUGAAAUUGAUAACCGAAUAAAAACGUUACCUUCCGAAUUUGAACGUAAAAAACAAGAAUUGAAAGAAAUAGUUUCACGUCUUGAAUCAUUGGUUGAGUUACGUCCCAUAAGUUUAGAGAUCAAAAAUUUACAUGAGGAAAUAAUCCCUGCUCUAGAGUUGAAAAUUAAAGCUGAAUUAGAUAAACUUACUGAUGUACGCAGUCAACGAGAUAAGACAAGUGCUCUACUUGAAACAUAUCAAGCAGAUGAGUCUUUAGCGAAAGCAGUACAAGGUGAUUUAGCAAUAUUAGAACGCUUAGAAAAUGAAUCUUAUGAAUUAACAGUUAAAAUUAAUCAAUUCAAAUAUGAAUUUACAGAUAUAACAACAGAUUCUCAAUUAAUUGAUGGGUUGCAAGAAGAAAGAAAGUCGUUACGUGAAUCAUUACUAACAAUUUCUGAAACUAUUGAGCAGAAACAAAAGCGUGUUGACCAGUUGAAUCAGGCUCAACGUGAAGCUGUCAGUGAAAUGCAUAGACUUAAAGAUCAAAUGCAUAAGUUGCAGCAAGAGAAUUUAGAUAAUGUUCAACUGAAGAAUGAUCUUUCUCGUUUAACUCGUGACUGUGAAACUUUGAAAAAAGAACUAUCUGAAUUAGAAUCUGAGCAACUUCCAGCUGUUCAUCGUCGAUGGACUGAAGCAUGCGAUGAACGCAGUCGUGUUACUAAGAUCCGUGAAGAAAAUAUUGAACAAGCUACUACAAAGGUUAAUGAAAUUGAUGAGAAACUGAAGAUGCUGACUGACGCAUGUACUUCGGUCAAAUUCGCAUUCAAUUCUCAACCCUUAGAACGAUUGAAGGUGAUUCUUGAAACUGUAGAAGAACUUCAAAAGAACUUAUCUCUUGUCAAAUCUGAGGCUGACACCUGUAGUCAAAAUAUCGAACUCUUAAAAAAACAAAUCAACGAACAUAAAAUGCGUCAGCGAGAAUUGACGGAUUGUGUCCAAGUUCGUCAACUACGUUGUCAACUUAGCUUUCUCACAGAACGAACAGAAUCCCUUGCCAAAAAUCAAAUGAUUUGUGAUAAUAUUCCUUUAUCAGAUCAAGAUUUAAUUAACGAAACUAAACGUUUAUCAUUAGAAGAGGAAAAACUUCAUUCACUUAAACAAGACAUAUCCAAUCAACUAAGUGAAUUAAACGCAAAACUCUGUUAUCUUAAUCGUGAUUUGAAUGAAAAAUAUACCAACGCUGACAGUGAAUAUCGUGAUAUGAUGUAUCAGCUUAAAACUUCAGAAUUAGCUUGUUCGGAUUUGGAACGAUAUUAUAAAGCUUUAGAUAGGGCGAUAAUGUCUUAUCAUGCUGUUAAAAUGGCUGAUCUAAAUAAAAUUAUCCGAGAAUUAUGGCGCAGUACAUACCGUGGCAAUGACAUCGAUUACAUUGAGAUAUGUAGCGAAGAAGAUACAGCUGCUGCUUUGAAUGUUUGCAGAACGCGAAGAACUUAUAAUUACCGUGUGGUUAUGGUGAAGACAACAACAGGAAGCAUGUCAGUUUCUCGGUCGAAGUCAAAAAACAACACUUCAUGCAAUAACGAAGCCCGUUUAGAUAUGCGUGGACGAUGUUCAGCUGGGCAAAAAGUUCUAGCCAGUUUAAUCAUCCGUUUAGCACUGGCUGAAGUAUUUUGCCUACAUUGUGGAGUACUUGCUCUUGAUGAACCAACGACAAACCUCGACCGAGAAAAUAUUGAAAGUUUAGCUUAUGCUCUGGUAGAAAUUAUAAAAAGCAGGAGCCGUCAGAAAAACUUUCAGUUAAUCGUUAUCACACAUGAUGAAGACUUCGUCGAAUUACUUGGUAGAUCAGACUACGUGGAAAACUUUUUCCUAUUAUCACGUGAUGCACAAGGUUUAUCAGAAAUUAGAAAAGUCCCUAUUGGAGAACAUUUUCAUUAAAAUAUACCUACUGUUUAUUUAAAUUAUAUAAAUGAUUUCAUGAGGACUUCUUACUUGUUAAAUCACUAUUGUCUAGCUCAUUUUCCUCUCAUUGUAUAUGAAACAACAAUUAACGGUCAUUCUGAUAGAUGUAGUAUUAGUCUGCAAACAAGCUAAAUUCUGACCGAUAAACUAAAAAUGAGUACAGACGUGCGUAUGUUCAUAAUACAGUGGAC